ACUAUAUAAUUGAUAUUGUUUUGUGCAAAACAUUCUCUUGUUCAUGGUUAUUCUGUGGUUCUGUACUGCUAUAAUAUUAUUUAUUUAUGUUCAUGGCCGCCGUGAUAAUCGUUUUUUGUUAUGACUUGUGACUCACUGGGUUUUAUCUCUGGCUAUAACGCCCGCGGCCCGUACUCCGACUAAAGUUGUGAUUGUUGUGACUUGUGAGUAAUCUUGAUUCUUGGCAAGUAGGAAAAUGGUCAGAAAUUAGGAUUUCGAAUUUUCCUGAACCACCUGUUUACUGUUCAUUACUGUUUUGUACAUUUUCAUUGUAAUUUAUUAAUUAUUACCGUUUGACGCUUCACAAUGUUUUCUUCGGACGCCAAUUAUUCGAAACUCAAGACCAACUUGAGACUGGCAUUAAAUCGCCUGAAGUUACUGGAAAAAAAGAAAACUGAACUAGCUCAAAAAGCGCGUAAAGAAAUUGCAGAUAUGGUAGCAGCUGGGAAGAGUGAACGUGCCAAAAUAAGAGUCGAACACAUCAUACGCGAAGAUUACUUUGUUGAAGCACUGGAAAUCGUUGAGAUGUUUUGUGACGCCCUGUUAUCCAGAUUUGGUCUCCUACAACAAUCAAAAAUUUUGGAUUCUUCCCUUCAAGAAUCAGUUUCCAGUUUGUUGUGGGUGGCUCCUCAUAUUCAAGCUGAUGUCAGUGAAAUGAAAGUGAUAUCUGAUCAAUUAACUCAAAAAUUCGGUAAAAAGUAUACUGAGGCAUGCAGAUCAGAAAACAUGGACACUGUAUCUGAAAAACUCAAGCAUAAGUUGAGCUUAAGACCACCGCCAAAGAUAUUAGUGGAAAAAUAUUUAAUUGAAAUUUCCAAAAAUUACAAUGUGCCCUAUGAACCUGACUUACAAGUAAUGCAAGAAUAUGAACAAACUCAUAGUAUAGAUUCUAUACUUUUUGAUGGUAAAAAUUCAACUAAUGAAAAUGUCACACGGCCUACAGGGUUUAUUGGUUUUCCAUCACAGCCCAUGGCUCCGAUUCAGGCACCACCUAUUAAUUAUCCGAAUAUGCAAACUAUGAGUUCAAUGUUAGAUUCAGUUCCCUUGGAUUUUGAAAUGCCGUCUUCAUUAUCUACACUACCCACACCUACUAUGCCUGUACCCAAACAACAGCCGAUUCCAAAACCACCAGCAGCUAAUAUAGUUAAACCUGUUCCAAAAAAUUCUAUUUUUUCCAAUAAAAACAUGGGUUUUUCUAACUUACCUGACCUCCCUAGUGUACCUACAGAUAUACCUACUGGUGAUGUUAAAAGUAAAGACGAUGACGAGGAAACUGAUUUUGACGAAUUAUUAAAUCGAUUUGAGGAUUUAAAAAAAAACAAAAAAUAAGUAUUGUAUUCUAUUAUGUAAUUUAUUAUUAUUAAAAUUGUAUUAUUGUUAUUAUUCAAUUGACAAAAUAAAAAUCUAAAUAUAUAUUUUCACUAGUAAUUGCUGUUAUGUCUUAAUUAAGUUUAGAAUACAAAACAUAAUAUCAUUUGUUUAGUGUACUAUCCAAGUAAACCAUUUAAUAAAUAAUUUGGCUUUUGUGUAUUUG